GGUAUUUUUUCUUACCUACCACAACAAUCAGCUGUUUACUUUAAGUAACUGCGGGCACACUUUGUGCAUUCUCUUGCGCUCGAUCGUAAACAAACAAUUUAAUUGCAGAAUAACAAUGAAUUUAAAAUUGAGAACUACAAAUUUCAUUCAAAUACAAAGUGCAAUUGUAUCAUCUUAUCUACCAACUGCAAAACCAAACAGAGCCAACGUGCCAAGCUACAGCCCGGAGGGCAAACAAUUGGAGCACCAGCAACAACAAGUAUUGUAUAUAAAACCACAGAAACUCAACCGCAACAAGCCACAAUCGGCAAAAUCAUCAACACUGGCGACGCCCUGUGGACAGACAAGAACGAACGAGUGCAGAGGCGUCUGGGGUUCCGUGUCCGUGUCCGUGUCAGUUGCAUUUUGACAACGAACCAGCGAACCACAAACACCACCCGCGCAAAAGUCAUGACAACGGCAGCAGCGUCGUCUGCUGCUGCUGCUGCGCCGCCGGCAGCGAUGGCUAAGACUCUAAACGCGCUGCUGCACAUGCCUGCACAGAUGGAGCUGAGCCAAAUUGAGUUGAUCUAUCGGGCGGAGGGUAAUGCAAAUUUGGUGCUGGCAUUGCCGCAAUUUAAAAAAGUUUUACGUUUGCCAAAAAUGAUAUCCAGCAGACAGGCGCAGCAGCGUCAGUGCCCGCAAACUCAGCCCAUACUGUGGCCGGAAGCUCAGCCCAGCGUUUCCGACCCAACCAAGACCAAAGGAGCAGCAGCGGCAAGCGCAAAAGCUGGCGACUUGACAAUGCCGGAUUUUAUGGCUUAUAUCGAGAUAAUGCGUCGUCUAUUAGGAAAUGAGUUUGUCUGCACAGCGGAUAUUGUUGCCAUACCAAAGGAAAGCGAUAGAUUCUGGAUAAACGAGCAUAUACGCGCCCACAGGCCGAUUGAACGUCUGGAUAAAGAAUUUGUGGAGCCAUUCGGUCUGCUGCUGCCAGAUGUGACCCAAUUGCCUGCCACGCUGGAUGCUUUGCUAGCCAAUUUACAGGCAAAGGACAUGCACACGUUGGAGGACGGCAUAAGCCGUCUGGGCGAUACAUAUGCCAUUGAAAUAAAACCGAAACAGGGCUGGCUGCAGUUGCCAAGUGAUGUCAGCGAUUUAUUUGAUUUAAUGCCGAGCGUAGGAGCGGCGACAAUGGAGUUACCCAAAGUUCAAGCCAAGUGCAGCAGUUGUCGUUGUCGUUACUGCAGCAUGCAACUGCUGAAGUUGCAGUCUGGGAAAAUCAAACGAUUGGGCGACUAUUGUCCGCUGGCGCUGUUUUCCGGCACACCCAGUCGUAUGCUUGAUGCCUUGCAUGCACUUUUCGCCUGCCCGCAAAAUAAUUUACGUGUAUUUCAGUGCGGCAAUUUAAUUUACGGCGAUCACGCGAAUUCGAUUUCCUAUGAAGAGCUCCAAUCGCGCAUUUUUCCUGGUGAAAUUAUGGCGCUUAUAAAACAUUUGCUGGUCGCCUGCCUGCUCAGGGAAUACAACAGCAGCGAGCAGACAAAGGCAGCAGCCGAUACAGCUAAUGUUGAUGCUGCUGCUGCUGCUGGAGCUGGAGCUGGAAUAGUUGAGUUUGUCAAAGCUGUUGCUGGUCAGCCGCAGCAGCAGCAGCAGCAGCACACAGAGCAAGCAACCCAAAGGUACACAAAACGUAGCAGAAUAGAAAAAAAGGCAACAACAGAAACAGAAACAGGAGAAGCAGCAACAGCAACAGCAACGUGCUGGGAAAGCACAAUAACAAUUGCGCCAAGCUGCUUGUCAACGACUGCGACAACAACAACAGUAACAGCAACAGUAACUCAAACGGAAACACUGCUGGCUACAACUUCAGCUUGCACUUUGACUGCUUUUUCACAAGCAUAUAGCAAAGCAGCUGAAGCGCAAAUCAACAAAGCGGAAAUAUUUCACUUACCAAAAAAUUGUGUGCUGCAAAAAAUUUUGCAUUUGCAAUUGCUGGUAAAGCGGCAUUUUCAUUACAUGUGGCAGUCGGGUUACGCUGAACAUGCCACGCCCAGCUAUCAAGCGUUGCACAAGCUGCUUAGCCAAACGCCGCCGCCGCCAGCAGCAACAUCAACGAUGCUGACACCAGAGCAGGCUUACAUGUUGGGCGCCACUGCGCUGGACUGCUCCAUAAUGCUGACAUUUCAGGAAAUACGCUGCGCUACCAAAUACAACAGCGCUUUGCAGCCUUGGCUAGUCUCGUUGCAGGGACGUCAGUUUCUCACCAAUGUAUGUGUGCUGGAUUUGGAUCCCAAGCCCGAUAGUCACUUUUAUAAAUUCAUAAAGCAAACGCGUGAUAUUGAAAACUGCUGCCGAGCAUUAAAUUAAUUAAUAAAGUUCAGUA